GCAGUGCCAUUUCCAGGAAGGGGACUUAUAAAUCCAAUGAUGAAUUUCUGUAAGCAUUUAGCUCUUAAAUUGGAUGAUAGUGUUAAAAUCACCUUCGUAGUCACGGAAGAAUGGCUUCACAUCCUUGAAUCAGAUCCAAAGCCGCCUCAAAUUCACCUCCGAUCAGUUCCUAACGUGAUUCCUUCGGAAUUUGUCAGGUCAGGAACAUUAGACUUUGAUAGCUUCCUAGAAAUCGUAGUUGCAGAGAUGGAAUCUCCAAUUGAGCAUAUUUUGAACACAUCUGAACCGGCGAAUGUUAUUAUAGCGGAUUUCUACUUUAUGUGGGCAAUUUCGGCCGGCAAUCAAAGAAAUAUUCCGGUGGUUUCAUUUUGGCCAUCGACAUCUCGUGUGUUCUCUGUGAUGUAUCAUGCCGAACUUCUAGCUAAGAAUGGGCAUAGCCUUACUGACUUAUCAGAUUGCGGCGAUAAGGUGAUAGAUUACAUUCCUGGAGUUCCGCCAACACGUUUAGUAGACAUGCCAUUGUUUCCAAAUGGAAAUGAUCCGAAAUUCAACCCCGCAAUGGUAGCCUUCAGUAUGUUAGAUAAAGUUCAAUGCCUUCUUAUCGUUACCAUUUACGAGCUAGAAUCUCAAGUCACAGACACAUUAAGGGAAAAAUUUCCCUUUCCAACUUACACAAUUGGCCCUUCCAUAUCUAACAUCACCACUAACAUUGAACAACAUCAUCACAUUCACCGCAAGAAUACAGAAUCAAGUACAGUGAAGUAUAUAUGUAAAUCCCGAGGAACAUUCUUAUGUAGAAUGGCUAGACUCCCAACCUAUAAGCUCCGUCCUGUACAUCGCAUUUGGUAGCGUCGUUUCAAUAUCAGGGGAACAAAUGGAGGAGAUCUUAGCUGGGUUGCAUGCAAGUGGGGUUCGAUAUUUGUUGGUUUCACGCGGUGUGCAUUUUGCUUCCGGUUACAUACAUGGUGAUGAUUGUGGUGACUAUGGUAAGAAAGAUACCAGUAGUCAAAAAUUUGUACUCCCAUGGUGUGAUCAAUAGAGGGUACUUUGUCAUUCUUCAAUUGGAGGAUUUUUGACUCACUGCGGGUGGAAUUCGGUAAUGGAAUCGCUAUAUGCGGGAGUACCCAUGCUUACAUUUCCAAUAUCUUUUGAUCAAAUUCCAUACAGAAAACUUAUUGUAGACGAUUUGAGAGUUGGAAUGAAAUUUACCAAGGAAUUUGGAGAAAAAGCAUUGGUUAAAAGGGAUGAAGUUGAAAAGAUAGUGAAGAAGUUCAUGGACAUAAAUAAAGAAGCAGAAAAAGAUGCAGUUAACAAUGAAGCUAAGGAAAUGAAAAGAAGAUCAAGUGAAGUCAAGGAGAUGUGUAGAAGGGCACUGGAAAAAGGUGGUUCAUACGACACCAACCUCGACGCUUUUAUCAAAGACAUCCUCCAUUUCCCUGGUAAUUAAUAAUGUUAAUAGUCAUCAAAUAGAUGAGAGCUGAACUAAUGACCUCAAGCAUGAAAGUCGGCCUUGUGGCAAGCUGAAUUG